AACCACGCAUCUUCACAACUCAACAGUGACAUCAUAGACCAAUAUAUAAUCAGUGAGCAGAAUGCUGGGUGUUACUCUUGUGCCUACUCAAUCUUGGAACUAGAAUCCUUAAUCAGCCCUUUUUGCACAUCACCACUCGGCCUUGUACCAAAGCCACACUCUAUGAAAUUCAGACUCGUUCAAGAC